CACUGGGCUCCUUCAGCCAGGUUGGUUGAAUACCAGACGUGUGGCUCUGGUACUGUCCCAGUUGAUUUAAAAACCAAGGAGCUGCCUUAUUUGGGUGCUAGGAACCAACUCUGGUUCUCUCCAGCUUCAAGAGAACAUAACUCUGACUUAGUAUUUCCAUUCUCUGGAAUCUCUCUUCUAGAGAAACUUUCAGUUUAGGAAAGGACGUGACAUCAGCAACUUUGCAGAGUUACGACUGGGGGUCUGCUGUGGACUUUGGACGCCUAGGCUGCCUGAACCAGGACGUGUGCAGUUCAGCCAACCACAGAACUGGAAUUUCUCAGGGGCACCAGGAGCAUGGUAUUCAGGUUUUCCUGAGCAACCGAAGUGGAACAUAGUUUGCUGAUCCACGAGGGUACUAUGGAUGGUCUACGAAGGAGCAGGAUUGCGAGGCUAGCAAGUUGUCCUCAUCUUAGACUCUUUUCAAACCCAUUGGUUGGGGAUAUUGUUUCCGACUGGUCACCUCUUCACGAUGCUGCAAGCCAUGGACGCCUGCUGACCCUGAGGAACCUUAUCAACCAGGGUUGGCCAGUAAAUCUCAUUACAGCUGAUCAUGUGUCACCUCUCCACGAGGCCUGCCUGAGAGGUCAUCUGUCUUGUGCAAACAUUUUGCUAAGUCAUGGAGCUCAGGUGAACAGCAUGGCCGUGGACUGGAGAACUCCCUUGUUUAAUGCCUGCCUUGGUGGCAACCAUGAAUGUGUGACUCUGCUUCUGGAGUAUGGAGCCGCGCCCCACCCUGAGUGUGCUCUGGCCUCUCCCAUCCAUGAGGCUGCAAAGAGAGGCCACGUGAAAUGCAUCGAGUCCCUUGCAACUUAUGGUGCCAAUAUUGACUAUUGCAUCAACAACCUGGGUACUCCUCUCUAUAUGGCUUGCGAAAACCAUCAGCUAGCCUGUGCAAAGAAGCUUCUGGAAUUAGGAGCAUGUGUGAAUAAAGGAAAAGGCUUUGAAUCUCCUCUUCAUGUAGCAGCCAGGUUGUGCUAUGGGGAGCUUGCGUACCUGCUAAUGAACUUCGGAGCAAAUACUCAUGCUAAGAACGCUGAAGGAAAACGUCCCGUGGACUUGGUGCCUCCGGAGAAUCCUCUGACCGAGUUCUUCUUGGAGAGAGAAGGUCCCCAGUCUUUGAUGCAGUUAUGUCGUCUGAGAAUAAGGAAGUGCUUUGGUGUUCGGCAACAUCAUAAAAUUUCUGGACUCUUCCUCCCGGAAGGCCUGAAGCGCUUCCUUUUACACAUUUAAUUGUUUAGAGAGUGGAUCCACAAACAACCGAAAAAGAUUGUUGAAACUUUUACCCCUGGA